AAGYUAGUAAUAGGAGCCCCAGGCAAAACUAUUGAUAAAAAAAAACUAGAUUUAAUUAGAUGAACCACGCGUGAUUCCUCCAGAGGCUCCGUGACCGUACUCGCCUACGCGCGACGAUCUUGCGAGAAAAAUGACGACUAGCACCCCAUGUCAAUUGUUUCUAUUGUUUCGAUUGGUCAAUAGAAUGAAACUGACACUUGGUGCAUCGUGCCCUGCAAAUGACCAAUAGCCCGUCACAAGGCGGCUUACAAGUUGACCAAUCAUAACAGUCGUCGUUAUAAAUGACCUAACCAUGUCAAACACAAGGGAAAACUACACACAAGGAACCAAAAACUCACAUACAGUCAAAAAAACCGUAUUUUCAAGGCACCUCUAAUUGUUUCUUAUUGAUUUGACUUACUGGAGACAUACUUGUCUGUCUAGAUAUUAUAAGAGCGGUUUUAGUCGGCGUACAAUAAGGCGAGUAUUACAUUGAUCGUCGUCCGUGUACUAGUAAUCAUAUUCACCCCGAAGUUGAAGACAAACAGCAAAGAGCAUAAAGUAACGAACUCGGAUCAAGGUGUGUGACACAACGUAGUGCCACCGGACUAUGUACCAACAUCACGGCGACUAUUACGAUCAAGAGGUCCCAUACAUGUACCCACAGUUAGAACCACGAACGUACCAAAGUGAACGCAAAGCUUCUUCAUUACUGCACAAAGCCAGUAAAAACAGAGAUAAUUUAACGAUUGACUCACAAGAAUUGUUCCAGGACUUAUCACAGAUGCAGGACCAAUGGAUCAGCGAAGUUCGGUCAACUUACCCCCAGUCAACAUCGGAACAGUAUGUGCCAGAAAUGAAAGGUGGCCUUAACACAAACAGAGAAGUGAGUUAUGUCACAAACAUUAAGACGGAGCCGAGAGAACUAGUGUGCGACCAGAGCCAGUCUACCCCAAUUCUUCCAGGCCUGACAAGUGCAUCUCGAGCCCACAACGGUUACAAAAUGGAAAACGCUAGUGAUUCUAGUUCUUAUAUGAAGAUGAUGAGCGAGGCUCACGCGCCCGCCAACUCCCCCCUCGUAUAUACAUGCGGCACUCAGCCGUCUCCAUUUCACUGUGUUAAAGCUUAUCGACAACUCUAUGACGGUAUGGCUGCCUAUGAUACUCAACCAACAGCCUAUUCUGGCAUUAAACAAGAACCAAUCGACUACAGUCCGGCAAAUUGUGACAAUCCGUAUGAACAAGGUCUCGCAGCGUACCAUCAUCAACAACAUCAACAACCCGAUUGUUACACGCUUCAACCAGGAUCAACCGAAGCGGGAGUCUAUGGUGAUCCAAAUCUUCACUCGUUUUACGACGAACCACUACCGUACGCGGAUCGAUAUAAGGACCAUUAUCACAAGGAAUAUAAAGACUACUUUGAACAACAUAAAGAUAUGAAAGACUACCGAGAUGCGAGUCCAGAGUUCAAAGUUCCAAGUGGYGUCCCUUAUCCUGAUAAUAGGUCCUUCCAGCGAAGGGGCUCAUUACAGUUAUGGCAGUUCCUCGUGGCACUUUUAGACGAACCCGAAUGUUCCUCGUUUAUAGCKUGGACAGGGCGUGGUCUUGAGUUCAAACUUAUCGACCCCGAAGAAGUAGCGAGACGUUGGGGUCUUCAGAAAAACCGUCCAGCAAUGAACUAUGACAAACUAAGCAGAUCACUAAGAUAUUACUAUGAAAAAGGAAUCAUGCAAAAAGUGGCGGGUGAGCGCUACGUAUACAAGUUUGUAUGCAGCCCAGAAGCCUUAUUUAGCAUGGCGUUCCCUGACUCACAGAAACCAUACAUUAAACCUGAAUGUCGAGAACCUAAGCCUGUGGCCCCACACGCUACRCAACAGCUUGUUGCUAUGCCAAAAGAUACCUACAAAACUCAUUAUCCUCAACAACAUUAUGUCACUACYUCAGCAAACUGCUAUCAAGCUGAAUGGGACAUGGACAGCGCCUGUGUUUAUUAACAUGGUAGCAUUUUUUUACCACUCUGUUGUAUACUUAAUUAAUUGUUUGUAUGGAAAAAAAAAGUUCUUAUCUUAACUCAAGAGACCCAAGCAAGCCUGGAAAAGCAAGUUUCUCCUCUAAAUAAAAAGAAUGUAUUAUUUUACGAUCUGUUUCGGAACUAUGAGACCAGAUUGCAAAAGUUUUUCAAAUUUAAAGUAAAUAUUUAAGGAGAGAGCUUUUAAACUUAUGUAGAUAUCUGUUUGUGCUUGCUAGUUUUUUCCUUCUCAAUUUCUCUCUUUCUUUUCUAUUUCCUUUCAAUUUCUUUCUUCACUUUUUAUAGUUAAUUUCUUCCUUCUUUCUUUCUCUUUCUCCCUUUUUAUCCUGUUCAAAUUUAAGCACAAAAGUCGAAGGUCAACGAUAGAGUAGGAAUGUUUAUGGUUUGGCAUACAGCCAUGAGUCCAAAGUCUUGAAUAAUUCAUUUGAAAUAAGUUCGCUUUUCUUUAGACUGAAAAACGUCGAAUAUAAAAUGAGAGAAGCGUUAUUUUCUUCUUUGAAAGAAUGAAAAAUAAAAAACACCACUGAACAAUAAAAAAUAUAUAUUAGUAUAUGAAAAUAGYAGAAAAGUGUAGAGUUUCAUUAUUUAGCUCAUGGAAGAGGGCGUUGGAUAACAUGAAAUAGAGAGUAUGAAAAAUAUCAUUUGUAAGAAGAAGAAUUAAUUUUGAAAAACUGCCAAAACUGUAGUUUAGUUUAGAGUAAGUUACUUGACACUGUAGCGAUAAUAGACUGGCUAACAUUGUAGUAUACCAUAUAUUAUAUACAUAAGGAUUAUUUUUCUAUUCUUAGAUCAUAGACCCAUGAUCCUUGUCGAUGUCUUUCAUGUUGCAAACAUAGUAAAUUUCAAUGUGUAAUAUAUUAUAUAUAAUUAAAUAUUGGAUUAAUAUUAUGAAGAUUAUUAUUAUUAUUGUACCAUUGCCAUUAUUAAAGGAAACGCAACAUACGCAUGUGAUUAUAAAUAAAUUUAUCUGAAUUACAGCA